UCUGCUAAUAAUGCAAGGCACCAUUGUUUCUUCUCCAACUCUCUCCCUGGCGGCUGCCUCCUCUCCUCUUCUUGCUCGGUUCCCCCUGUAUAAAAGAGAACCCCGUCUUCUCGCUCUCCUCGCAUCCACUCCACAUACUACCACUCAAAAACUCUCUCUCUCUACCCAAACAGGUUUUGAGAAAGAAGUGGAGGACAGAUCCAAAAAGUUCACCUUUUGAUUAUCCAAACAAGUUUGGAGUUUGUUACCUGAAUCUCCUCUUCUUCCUGUCACCGGAAGGGAAAUUGAUAAAAAAAAAGCAGUGAAAGCCUCAAGGAAUGCUGAAAGAUGUGCUUGCAUAGAAGAAAUUUUCCGUGUGAGAUAAAGCAGAUUGCUGGUUCACUAGUGCUACUGAUCUGCUCAAGUCUUGAUGUGAGUGAUCAACUUUCCUGCACUAAUUCUACACCAUUUAGACUCCGAAACGACGAUGAUAUAAGAAUGUUGUUCUCCAUUCAUGAUCAUGACCUUGGGGAGGAUGGCUAAAGAAUUGCAGUCCAUCUGAUUGGUGGUCAAAACAUAGUGCUGAGAUUUAUAUCUUUGUGGGCAUGGAGAGUAGAGGGAAGAUACUAAUGGAGAGGUAUGAGUUGGGCAGAUUGUUGGGGAAAGGAACAUUUGGCAAGGUGCACUAUGCAAGGAAUCUGGAGUCAAACCAGAGUGUGGCCAUAAAGAUGAUGGACAAACAGCAGGUGUUGAAGGUCGGGCUUUCGGAGCAGAUCAGACGUGAGAUCACAACCAUGCGGUUGGUGGCUCAUAAGAACAUUGUUCAGCUUCAUGAGGUCAUGGCAACACGGAACAAGAUCUACUUUGUGAUGGAGUAUGUGAAAGGUGGUGAGCUAUUUGAAAAGGUUGCAAAGCGUGGAAAGCUUACAGAGGUUGUUGCACAUAAGUACUUCCAGCAACUCAUUAGUGCAGUGGAUUACUGCCACAGUCGAGGUGUGUAUCACCGGGACUUGAAGCCUGAAAACCUGCUGUUGGAUGAGAAUGAGAACCUGAAAGUCUCAGACUUUGGACUGAGUGCGCUUUCAGAGUCGAAGAGGCAAGAUGGCUUACUCCAUACCACCUGUGGAACACCUGCAUAUGUAGCUCCAGAGGUGAUCAGCAAGAUAGGAUAUGAUGGUGCAAAGUCAGAUAUUUGGUCUUGUGGUGUUAUCCUGUUUGUUCUUGUUGCUGGUUACCUUCCUUUCCAGGGCCCAAACUUGAUGGAAAUGUAUCGGAAGAUACAACAUGGUGAAUUCAGGUGCCCCGGUUGGUUUUCACGCAAACUUCAGAAGUUGUUGUACAAGAUCAUGGACCCCAACCCAAGCACAAGGAUUUCAAUCCAGAAGAUAAAGGAGUCUACCUGGUUCCGGAAAGGUCCUGAGGAGAAUCGUAUUUUGAAGGAAAGAACUUUGAAUGAAAACACCACCAAAAAUGUUGCUCUGGUGCUUGGUGUGAGACGCAAGAAAAAUGCUCAUGAAGAUGUGAAGCCCAUGUCAGUGACAAACUUAAAUGCCUUUGAAAUUAUCUCUUUCUCCAAGGGGUUUGAUCUCUCUGGCAUGUUCAUUGUAAAGGAAUGGAGAAAUGAGGCAAGGUUCACUUCAGAUAAAUCUGCCUCAACCAUAAUCUCAAAGCUAGAAGAUGUAGCAAAGGCGCUAAAUCUCAGGGUAAGGAAGAAAGACAAUGGUGUAGUGAAGAUGCAAGGGAGGAAGGAGGGAAGGAAUGGUGUUCUUCAGUUUGACAUAGAGAUAUUUGAGGUUACCACUUCCUAUCAUAUCAUCGAGAUGAAACAAACAAGUGGCGAUUCAUUGGAGUACCGACAGCUACUGGAGGAGGGCAUCCGGCCAGCUCUGAAGGACAUUGUCUUGGCCUGGCAUGGAGAUGAAUAGCAGCAGUCGCAAGAGUAGAUUUUGAUGUCUCAAGCAUUUAGUUUCCGCUCCUCAAAUUCAUUAGGUUUUAGCUCAAAUGAAUUUAUUUGUCUUGCCUAUGUUCUUUUUAGCAUCUAUGUUUUUGUAUCUGGAGAGUUCAUGUUGAGGCAAUCUAUGCACAAUUUAGAUGGAGUCUGUCGAGAGUAAUUUUAUGAGAAGUUGAGCUGCAAUAUAAAAGUUGGCUUUGAGCCUUUCAAGCUUUCUUCAUA